AUGGCAGCAUUUAAACCUUACAAGUUCAUAAUUUUUGAUAAAAAUUUAAGAAAUAACAACUUACACAAGCAGAUAAUUGCACACCUGGAUUUGUCAAUUCUUUGUGAAGAAAUUUAUGUAACUGAAAAAUUUUGCCACUUAAAUUAUGAACAUUUGAGUAGGAACAAAUUAGUGUACUUUUCAGAUCACAAUUUAGUUGAUAAAUUAAAAUGCCGUCAAUAUGGAUACAAGGUUGAGGAGAAGCAUCCAAAAUUCUCACCCAGUGAGCAUGACUUAAAUGUGGAAGACAAAUUUGAAAUUAAAGUACGAAAAAAUGACAUAAUGAAAGAGAAACAAGAAGAAAUAUCCAAUAACGAAAUGUGUAGAAACAAGGAAGGAAAUAUUAAUUCAUUGGUUAGUUUUUUUACAUUUGAUGAUAAGGAAAAGAACAAUUUUUUCAACACACUAAAUUUAAAUAAAAAAUAUGAAGUAGAUCAUAUAAACAUUCUAUGUUUAAAUAAUUAUAACUUCAUUCUUGAUAUACUUAAAAAAGAGACAUUUAAAAAUAGAAUUUCGAUUUUCUGCCCAUUUUACAUAAUUCAUAAUCAUGCCCAUAAUGAUAAGAACAAAUCUCAAAACAAAAACGUUACCCAAAAGUUAUCGAAUUUUUUGUAUACCAUAGUUAGCGAUUUUCUUCCCAUCAAUUAUAAGUAUAUCCAUAUGUCCGAUCUUGUUAGGGCGAUUAUUAUAAAUACCGAAUUGUGUCAAGGGAAGGAGCGAAAUGAUGUGGAAGUUUUGAAAUUUAUGGAUAUGAUGCAGAUCAUAGGGAAAGCUCUCUAA